AUGGCUCUCACUUCCAACCAACGCUUCGGUCUGAGGAUCCUGGCUGGUCUGGCGGGAAUCUGGUUCCUCAAAUCCCUGCUGUUUUCGUCUCCAACGAAAAACGCUUCAGUCGAGUCAGAGAUCGCGAUUGCCAACGUCUUUGAGAGGGUCACUAGCGGCACGCCGCUUGGUUCAUCCGCACUGAACCCACAGAGGUAUCCAUUCUUGCAAUCUCGUAUCGGGAGGGACGAUACUCAGGACCUAUUUGACACCGAUAUCCAUGCCGGUCUCGAGGACUUUUGGCAGCGCUUCCAGCUCCCGUUUGCCACUGCACCCGAGACAGUCCAUCUCGACGAACAGGUCAUUAAGGGCACCGUCGAGGAGCUCCUGGCCUUCAACGGAUGGGCCGCCGCUGCGUGUACCACCCUCACCCGGCCCUAUGCGAGUGACUCAGAGGAUCCCUACUCUGACCUCACCAAACCCGGCCAGCGCUACUUCUUCGCCCUCGUCGUACAUUCGGCCGACCACUUCUUCAUCGAUCAGCUCGCCGUCGUCGUCCAGGCUGCUCGCAAGCUCGGCACCCAAGCAAUCUUUGUCUCGAUCGUCGACUAUGCCAGCACUGACUCUAUCCCCUUUCUCUGCGAUCUCGCCGAGGCAGUCAUGGUCCUCCUCGGAAUCCCUUUCCGAAUCAGGCGGGUCCCUCCAAUGACUUCCGAUCCUGCUGCCUCUUACUACCCCCUCGAAGAAGCUUACACUCGUAAUCUGGCUCUCGAACCUCUCUUUGAGCUCUAUGAACGCCGCCAAGUAUCUUUCAUCCGUGUUAUCUGGCUCAAAGGGUUCACUUGCCCGAAUGAUAUUCUUGAAACACUGCGGAUAAGUAUCAUGAACCAAGCAACAAUGGUCUGUGGUAUGGAUUGGAAAGAACAUAACGGCUUCUUUAUCUACAAUGAUCGAUGGCGUACCAGAGAUCUGGACGGAAACCUGUUUCGGGGAUCCAAAUCAACAUCUCCGAUCGACGAAGCCCCUCCACGCGAUUCGGCCAGUGCAGCACGCUACCAACAGCACUUGCCCUUUCAAGUGUUUUGCUGUGAGUCUGGUUCGCACAUUGUCGAUCCGAUGAUGACAUACUACGCGGGGAUCCACUACCGAUCGUCAGUUGCAGGCGUAUUCAAUAUCACCUCGGCGGGCUCAGGCAAGUCCCCGGUAUGGACGGAAGGGCCUUGUAUGGACUCGUCCCAGAUGCACUUCUGUCGAGACAUCUGGCUCAUGUCGGCCAAGGAAGGUGUCAAGGAGGCCGCUCGGGAGGCUAAACAGCGCGACAAGGCGGGAAAGCCUCGUGGGCUCUCCAGGGAGCUCGAGGAUCUGAUCCGGGUUGUUGCACCUCGUCUGUCGAUUCCGGUCGAAGACCUCCCCCAACCAACCCGGCCGAGCCAGCCCUCGACUUCUACUGAACAGCAGAGCAAGUAUUCCAAAGACAAGCAGGGUAACAUCGACCUCGUCGACCAUAAUGCCCUCCUCCCUCAAGCUGACUUCGACCAGACAGACGGCGUCGGAGCCGGACGUGACUUGGCAGCGAAUGAGGAGAAGGAGGCCGCCAAGAAGAAGGAACAAGAGGACCCUGUUGAGAUCCCCCUCGUCGCCGACGAGAAGGCUGUCGGUGGAAAGCCGCUUCCUAAAGGCCAGCAGAAGGUUAAGCGAGACGAACUCGUCCAGCCCCCCGUCGGUCAGCCCGAAUCAGAGAAGGACGCCAAGAAAUUGGCCGAAGGAACGCCUGCCGACGAUCCUAGUCAGUUACCACCAGCCGACAAACAAGACAAACAAGGAGAGGAGAAUUCACCGACACAGCCAGUAGAACCGGCUGGUUCUGAAAAGGAGGGAGACCAAGCGGGAGCUUCGGGAGCCGAGGGAGCAGAGCAAAAGGGAGACCAGCUGGGAGAGUCGCCGAAAAAAGAGUCGAUUCCAGCGGAGGAAGAGUAUGAUGAACCGGAAGAUGAGGAGGAAGAGACGGGCGUGUUAAGCCAGACAUCGACGAUCCCCAACUCGGACUUGAAGCCGGCUCGGAUCCUUGUCAACCCCCGCUGCAUCACCACCUAUGCCGGCGUCUCUCACACUAAACUUGCUCUGGACCUCUUCGGAUCCGGCGACGAUGUGGAACCCUCGCGCGAGUUCGGGGGCAAGUAUCACUUCUCGGACGAGAAAUUUGUGGGGGCUCCCAACGCCUUCGUUUGCCAGGAAAUGAGAACUACCGGUGGGAGGUUGUCUACCAAACAACAACGAAGGACGAACUUCCAUAUUAGUAAAACUCUGAGAGCUGGUUGGAGACCAGGCGAUUACGUUUGA